CUCUUCUCUUCUCUCUUGUAAAUUUUAUGUGUGACUGUAACCUUAGCAAGUUACCUAGCUACUGUCCAAGUGAGUGGCGAUCAUUCUGUAGUUACUGCAUAUGGACACAGUAAGUGAAAAUCCCACCAACCACGAAGCCAUCCAGUGAAUCCACAAACAAUAGCCUUGGCGACUUCCUGGUCGUGGUUGCCUACCAUUUUACAUGCUGAAGCAUACAUGGUCAUGUGUUUCAUUGUAUCUAGAAUUUGAUGUUCAGACAUGUCAUCUAUAUUCCAAUUGACUAUGGUUCUUCCUUAAUAGGAGGUUGUAUGAGAUAUGAGAUCUUCUUCAAACUGGAUAUCAACAGGAGUUGGUCGUGGGUGAUAUGGUCUAGCUGUAGCAGGUUUAUAUUCUCUAUUUUGUUCACUCGCUCAGCCGAUCACAUAACAAAUCUCCCAACCAAAGCACCACCAUCGAUCUGAAAGGACAGAGGUAGCCAGAACGGGGUGGCGAGCAAUGGAGACGGCCGGCGGCAACUCGUCCUGCAGCUGCCCGGCCAACAUCUUCUCUCGCUUCACUGAAAAUGAGAUGGAAGGACAGCUCUUCUUCCUUUUUGCCCAGGUGUGCAUCCUCCUCGUCCUCGUCAACCUUGCGCGCAUAGCCCUAAGGCUGGUGCGCCUCCCUCAGUACACAGCGGAGCUAAUCGCUGCUAGUAUCAUGGGACCCUUCGCCUUGGGCAAAAUCAGUUGGGUCAGGGACACAUUGUUUCCUAUUGCGGGUCUGAAAGCCAUGGUGAGCUUCUCAAGCACCAGCGGCCUCUUCUAUGCGUUUGUUGUGGGCCUUGAGAUGGACCCGUCGCUCAUCUGGACCUCCAGUCGGCAAGCCCGCCUCACGGCAUUAAGUAGCUUGGCAAUGUCCGCUAUACUGGGCACCGCCAUGUCGAACCCGCUUUGCCAAAUGCUCAAUUUACAGAUUAACUGUGUUAAUAUCCGCCUCAUACUGCCACUGUUCAUCGCCCUCACAGGCUCCCCAAUGAUGAUCCGACAGGCGACGGAGAUGAAAUUGGGCACGACCAACGUGGGGCAGCUGGGAUGCUCGGUGGCUGUGCUCAUGGACGUGGCCUGCCUCUCCGGGAUGGCGCUGGUGUCUUUAUCGCCAGUCCUCCACCAGGCCACAGUGAACCACGACCUGUUCGAGCCAUUUAUGGCACUGUUGUACCCCAUGGUCAUCUACACCUUGGUCGGGCCCUGCGUGGGGCUAGUGAUGCGCAGUAAACAGAGUGGCGUGCAGCUGGUCUUGGUGAUGGUGAUGGUCCUGGUAUGCACGGGGCUGGGAGAGGCGGUGGGAUAUAACGGGCUCGUCGCGAGCUUCAUAUUCGGACUUCUGGUGCCGAGGAAGGGGGGUGUGGCUACAGAUCUAUUAGACCGUCUCUUCUACCCGGUGAGGUACAUAGCAUUGCCUAUGUAUCUGAACUUUGGGCAGCAGAUGGCAAAAUACGAUGCUUCGUGGCACAUAGCAUUGAAGGGGCCGGCGGGGCUUCCGAUUCAGGCAGUACUAGUGGUUUCUGUCGUAUCCAUGGCAGCGAAGGUGGCUACAGCAUUGGUCAUGGCUUCGGUGUACAAGGCACCGCUGAACGAGGGCAUCAUCUUGGGUUUUCUCCUCAAUGCGAGGGGCUUUUCCGACAUGAUAUUAAUCUCGGCUGCUGUAGAGCGAAAGGUGAUGGAUCUUCGGAUUAAGUCGCUGAUAAUAAACGCUUCCAUCCUCAACUCCAUGCUCGCCGCCCUUGCCGUGCUUACCGUAAUGCGGGUCACAAAGAGGCCCGAACCCACGGCCGAACCACACCAAGUGAUUGAAAGGCAAGGCCAUGGCACCAAGCUGCGGCUAUUGGUUUGCCUGCAUAAUGUCGUCGACGUAACCAGCACCAUCAAUGUCGUAGAGGCGUGUCGUGGCUCCGGGGCAUUGCCUCUCGCUGUCCACACCCUGUACCUGAUCGAGUACAACGAGCAGACGGCAGCGCAACUAAUGUAUCGACGUAGUGCUACAGACACAUUGGUUGGGGGAGAGAUGAAGAAAAUAGAUGCCACAAUUGAGGCAUAUGCGAAGGACGCAGGAGUGCAGUUGCGGCGUAACUCAGCCAUCUCCUUCUUCUUCAACAUGCACGAGGAUAUCUGUCACAAAGCUGAGGACAUGAAGGCCUCCAUUGUUAUCCUUCCAUUUCACAGGGUCCAGAGACUUGAUGGCAAGAUGCAAUUACGAAGUUCGGCAUUACGGCGGCUCAAUAAGAGGAUGCUAUAUUACGCACCAUGUCCGGUGGGAAUAAUUGUGGACCGGGGACUUGGUGGCGCCACCUUAAGGUCUGCCACCCGCAUGUGCCACAACAUCAUCGGGCUCUUCUUUGGAGGUGCCAGUGACCGUGAAGCCCUCACACUUGGUAGUAGGAUGGCCGAGCAUCCUGGCAUUCACUUCACACUGGUGCGCUUCUUACCGCUCAGCCAGAUCCAAUCAUCAACGGCCACGACGUCUGGCGACACUCCGGAGGGUGCAAGAAGGUCUGUUCAUACCUAUGAGGAAGCAAUGAAUCCUGAAACAUUGCCGACUACUUCACCAGGUAGCAAUACUGUGUUUAUCUCCAUUGCCAUGAAGGAGGAGGCCUUAGACAAGAAGUCUCUGGAAAAUUUUAGAACAAUGUAUGAGGAGACAGGGAUUGCGUCGUACAGAGAGAUGGCGGCAAAGAGGGGCCAAGAGAUGGUUGCGACGCUGCAGGCUUUGGAUGCCGAAUGCACAUUGUUCAUUGCCGGAUGUGGGGAGUCGCAGGCAUGUACAGGGCUGAGUGGAUGCGCAACCGAUUGCCCGGAGCUAGGCCCUAUAGGGGGCUUGUUGUCUUCCUCGAACUUUUCCUUCACUAGUUCAGUUCUUACAGUAAUAAAAUGGAUGAAUUCCCGCUACAGCAACAACUACAGUGGUUGCUCUCACAAUCCCAAUCGCCCAAAAGGUUUGUGCCUGCUUGUUCAGACUGCUGAUGGUACCAUUAUGAAAGUUUCUAAUGUUGGGUCUAUUACUGCAUCCUCUGAUCUUUCUGAUAAAUUGAAUGUUUCUGGUAUUUAUCAUGUUCCUCCAUUUGCCAUGAAUCUGCUUUCUGAUUGGCAGUUAGGGAAAUUGAUUGGGAUUGAGCAUAAAGUUGGUGAUCUCUAUUAUCUUGACCAUCUUCAUUUAAAAGCUCCCAUUGAAACAUCUGCAUGUGUUGUGAUACCUAAUAAAGGAUCUUUGUGGCAUCAACUUAUGGGUCAUAUUUCUUCCUAUCGGUUUCAAUAUUUGUCUUCUUGUGGUGUUAAUUCUAUUUCUUCUAAAACUUUCUCUACUAUUAAAGAACAUGGUCCAUUUGUAGAAUACUCAAUUACUGUUGAUGAACCACUUCAGGAACCUGCAUUUGUUAAUCCUGUUUGGACGCCUUCUAUCCGCCGUAGUAACCGUAUUUAUGACGAAGCUGCCACACAACAUGAGUGGCAACAUGCCAUGGUAAAAGAAUUGACUGCCUUUGAUAGAAUGCGUGCUUGGGAUCUUGUCCCUCUUCCGAAAGAUAAAAGUUUCAGUGUCAAAAAUGCAUUUCUUAAUGGAGAUCUUGCAGAAGAAAUUUAUAUAAAGUUACCUCCUAGGGUUUCAAAUUGUGACAAUAGAGUCUGUCGAGUACGACGCACACUUUAUGGGCUUAAACAACCUCCUCAUGCCUGGUUUACAAAAUUUAGCUCUGUUGUUGUCUCUGCAUUUCGACAGAGCUAUCAUGAUCCUGCUAUGUUUGUCUCAAUCACACCUAGAGGAUGUACAAUUUUGUUACUCUAUGUUGAUGAUAUGAUUAUAUGUGGUGAUGAUGAUGCCACUAUUCAUCUGAUCAAGCAACAACUUGGUUAA